AUGUCUUCUAUGUCCAGGAGAUCGCCGGUGACGCCACCAUACGACAAUGAUUACAACGGAAGCCCAAAAGGUCUGAUGGACCCGGGCCUGAAGAUCACACCACCCUCUUCUUCCUUGCAUGUCCCUACCAUGACCUUUUCUCCCCCCGCGACCCCUCGCAGCAUCCGACCGGCCAAGGCGUCUCUGAGGUUAAGAAGCAACUCCGGCUUGACAUUGCACACCAACGAAGAAGCCUUCCGCCGUUACACCGACUACAACCCCGACGGGUCCCCGAGAUCGCCGACCUUUGGUCCCGGCAUGUGGUCCAGCUUGGACAGCGUAUCGACAAGUUUGCGCCGCAGCUUUGCACCGCCGGUGAUGGAGGUGGAACCGACCGAGACGUUGCCGAUUCCGGAUUUCCUCGGCCGCGAAGUAUUCGAGAUGAUUCUCGGCAACGCGCAGACGUCGCAACGCUUCUUUCAGUUCGCCCAGAACCGGGGAUGUGGUUCCGACAUCGAGUUUCUUCUCCGAGUGCAAGAGUAUACCCGAUGCUUGUCCCAGUUCGGCAAGCAGGCCUCGUCGAUGCCUACGCCCACAGACCUUCCGAAUACCGUCACCAAGUCGUUGAAUGCCGACAUGAGGCAGCUGACCGGCUCUGUUCUCCCGGGUCUGGAAUCGCUCUUUGGCGAGUCCAAACGAUGCGUUGAGCAAAGGGUGGCUCGCUCUGUUUACCCUUCCUUCGUCAAGCAUCAGUUGGCUCUUCACACCUCGGCCUCCUUAUCGAACACUCGGGGCCCCAAGUAUCCCGGCCUAGGGGAGUCCUUCUGUCUCACAGACGCCCUCAGCCCGGAGAACCCCAUCAUCGCGGCUUCAGAUGCGUUCGUCUCAUUGACUGGGUACUCAAAGAUCGAGGCUCUACCUCGCAACUGCAGAUUUCUGCAAGGUGGUCUCACCGACCAAGAUGCCAUCAAGCGUAUUCGAGAAGCGGUCUCGCAGGAGGAGGAAUCUGUGGAGCUUGUUCUCAACUACCGUCGCGACGGCACACCAUUCUGGAAUUUGCUUUUCACAUGUCCGCUGACAGAUACUUCGGGCAAGCUCCGGUACUACCUCGGCGGACAAAUCAACGUGUCAGAUAAUGUCUCCGGUUACAAAGACCUCAUCCGUGUCCUCAACUUCGGUCCUGCACUAGACGACUCGCCGAAGGAUGACAACUCGGGUCGGGAUUCUCGGGCCAGCCGGCGGAUGAGCCGGACCAGCAGCCGCGACCGGAAGACGGAGCGCCGGACCAGUCUGCGGAACCGAGACAGCCUUCACAACAAAGGACCGAAGAAGAGUCUCUUCCAGCCGUUCCGGAAACAGCCAUCGCACACCAACAACAACCAAGAAAACACGUCACCUUCGCAGGGCGUCGGACUCGGCCUGGAGCAGAUGUUGACCGUCUCAAGUUCAGAAGAGCGCCUUAGCCUCAGCCCUCGUGCCGAACGAGUCUAUGAGGCGUACAGCCGCUUCAUCGUCUUACAAAACACGGAGGGUCCAUCCGGAUUCCCGCCACGCUCGUCCUCUUUGCCAGCCGACCCAAGCAAGCGGAAAGCGCCUCAACUGAGCGUCGCUUUCUGCUCUGCCGCGGCGCUGGAUGUCCUCGGUCUGGGGCUCGUCACUGACAGCAUCACGCACCGGGACAUCUUUACAGUGCUGUCCGAGCUGGCGGACUCUCCGUCAAUCACGAAGAGCUUCAAGAACACGGUACGCGAGCGGGUCGUUCGGGAUGGGAAGGCUGCUACGCUGGACAUCAUGCUCGGCGGCGGGUACCUCGCCCGCAAGGGAAGUCUCAUUGGUCUCGGUGGUGGCAGGUCGUCAAAGGACGACUCGGACAGCGGCUCGAAGAAGGCGGGUCGGCCGGUUAGCAGGUCCGGAUUCGCGAGCCUCGUCAGCGAGGCGGGCAAGAUGGAGAAGCUCACCAGCUACUGGACCCCGUUGAAGAAUGCGGAGGAGAAGGUUGAGUUUAUCGUCGUCAUCAUCUCGCCCGUGAAAUGA